AUGCAGCACUCAUGAUCAGUUGCUAGACCUUCCUUGCGGUCUCCCAGCAAAUCCUGAUGUUCAGUCUGUUCUGUUGACGGUGCGCAGUUGCUCUGCAUUGGCAUUUGCCAUUGAAAUCGAAGAGGAGCGGGUGCGGGGAUAAGUUCGUUCUGUCAUUUCCGUCCCCAACUAGGCGUCUACGCGGGAAAGCCUCCCCUCGAACGUUUGAGAGAUUUCUCGUAAAUUCGGAGCUGAAAGGGCGAGGAUGACGGUGGAGCUCGCGAACGGAAAUGGACUCGCUAAUGGGGAUUUGCAACAGAAGAACUCUGACAACAAAAAAUCGCGAGAGAGCGAGCGGCGCCGGCGGAGACGAAAGCAGAAGAAGAACAACAAAGCACCAUCUCAAGCGACCACCGAUGUUGUGGCCGACGAUAGCGAAGGCGCCGAAGAUGAAGCCAAGGAAAACGCCGAUCCACAGAAGGCUGUCGAGCAAGUUGAAGUAGAGUACGUCCGCGAAAAGGCUGAGUUAGAGGACGACUUACUUGAAGAUUUUAAAAAGGUUUUCGAGAAGUUCAGCUUCGGUGAUGCUGCUAUUACGACAGAGGAAAGUGAUAAAAAUAAUGAAACAGCUGCUAAUGCAGCCUCAAAUAAGAAGGUGGAUUCAGAUUCAGAAGAGGAAGAGCAGGAUGCCAAGCAGAAGGAAAAGGGACUGUCAAAUAAAAAGAAAAAGCUCCAACGACGAAUGAAUAUUGCUGAAUUGAAACAGAUAUGCUCAAGGCCUGAUGUUGUUGAGGUAUGGGAUGCGACAGCAGCUGAUCCGAAGUUGCUUGUGUAUUUGAAAUCGUACCGGAAUACUGUACCUGUGCCAAGGCAUUGGUGCCAAAAAAGGAAGUUCUUGCAGGGAAAGCGUGGUAUUGAAAAGCAGCCUUUCCAACUUCCUGAUUUCAUUGCUGCAACAGGAAUUGAGAAAAUAAGACAGGCAUACAUUGAAAAAGAGGACAGUAAAAAGUUAAAACAGAAGCAACGUGAACGUAUGCAACCAAAGAUGGGAAAGAUGGACAUUGAUUAUCAGGUUCUCCAUGAUGCAUUCUUUAAAUAUCAGACAAAACCAAAGCUGACAACUCAUGGUGAUCUUUAUCAUGAAGGAAAAGAGUUUGAGGUGAAGUUGAGGGAGUUCAAGCCAGGUCUGCUGUCCCAGGAACUUAAAGAGGCCCUUGGUAUGCCUGAAGGGGCUCCUCCUCCAUGGCUUAUCAACAUGCAGAGAUAUGGUCCUCCACCAUCUUAUCCACAUCUUAAAAUCCCUGGACUGAAUGCUCCCAUUCCUCCUGGAGCUAGCUUUGGUUAUCAUCCUGGUGGUUGGGGUAAACCUCCUGUUGAUGAAUAUGGACGCCCUCUGUAUGGAGAUGUUUUUGGGGUCCAACAGCAAGAACUGCCUAAUUAUGAGGAAGAACCUGUUGAUCGGAGUAAGCACUGGGGUGAUUUGGAGGAAGAAGAGGAAGAAGAAGAGGAGGAGGAAGAAGAACAAAUGGAGGAAGAGGAAUUGGAGGCUGGCAUUCAGUCUGUAGAUAGUCUUUCUAGUACUCCAACUGGGGUGGAGACACCUGAUGUUAUUGACCUCCGAAAGCAACAGAGGAAGGAGCCUGAGAAGCCUCUGUACCAGGUGCUUGAAGAGAAAGAAGAAAAGAUUGCUCCAGGGACCUUGCUUGGAACAACACACACGUAUGUUAUUGGUUCUGGCACCCAGGACAAGACAACUGCGAAGAGGGUUGAUCUGCUACGGGGCCAGAAAUCAGACAAAGUGGACGUCACUCUACAACCAGAAGAGUUGGAAGUUCUGGACAAUGUUUUGGCUGCAAAGUAUGAGGAAGCAAGGGAGGAGGAGAAGCUGCGCAGCCAGCGGGAGGAUUUCAGCGACAUGGUUGCAGAGAAUGAGAAGAAGAGGAAGAGGAAAAUGCAGGAAAAGGAGGGAAAGUCAAAGAAGAAGGAUUUCAAGUUUUAAUGCGUCUGGAAUUUAUUCAUAUUAUCGUACUCAGUUAUGUGUAACACUCUUCAUGUUGAAGAAUGCACCUGAUUUGAUGGGGUUCUGUUAUGCCAGGCUGGUGAAAUUUAUUGGGUGGGUUCACAGUCGGACUAACCUCGUUCUAUGUUAUAAAUCAGCGAAUGAUCAGAGUCAGAGCCUUAUUUUCUAUUGUAAUUUGCCCUCAUUGCUAGAUUUUGAAUGAAAGAUGAACUUCGGUGCGGA